AUGAAGAUGUUAAAUGUGCAGUUUGUUCUGAAUAGCUUGUCUGACUCGCCAACUUUCAAAACACAUGACACAAUCGAUGGCGAGAUCAUAUAUACGCCCCACCAAGAAACCCCGGUGGAGGAUAUAAGCAUUGCGUUUCAGGGCACGACGCGGAUUGAGGUAGAGAAUUUGAACACCCACAUUCCUCUGCCCGUAAGCCAACUACAAAAAACGUUCCUUCACAUGGAGCUGCCGAUCUACGACUACUUUGGGAAUACAACCACCCUCAAGCCUGGCAAAAAUUACCGAAUACCCUUCAAGUUCAUCGUGCCCGAGGAACUACCCAUUCAUGCAUGUCAUCAUCGAUGCGAGAAUGAUCAAGUACAGCAGGAACACUUGCGGCUGCCUGCAAGUCUCAGCUACCGAGCCCAAAAGUCUCAUGGGACUCACGACAUGUCCCCAGAGAUGGCAAAAGUAAUCUACAGCAUCAACUUCGCUGUAUGGCGGCAAGUCGAUAAGGCAGGAAAACCGAAGAAGAUCCAGGAGUCAACACAUCCGGUCCAAAUUCUCCCUACAAGAGAGGAGCAUGCCCCAAUUCUAGUUCCCUGCAAGAAUAAGUAUUACCAAUUGCGAGCAGAGAAGACUCUGUCUAAAGGAGUUUUGCGGCAUGCAGUCGGAAAACUCACUGCCUGGUCUGCUCAACCCCCGGCAAUGCACCUGAACGCUCUGCAACCAAAACAUAUGGAUGCCUACACUAUUGUGGGAAUUGAUCUUCGAUUUGAGCCUGCCCACCCAGGCGAAUUGCCACCAACUCUUCUCAUGCCCGAAUUUCAGUUACGAGCGAUGACAUUCUUCGGUCUCAAUCCUUGGCACAAUUCUCCCGAUCUGACUGACAUCUCUACAUGGGGUUCUCGACAGGGACUUUGGUCUGAAUAUGUGUCAUUGACGUCGGACAUUGAAGCGAGAGUAGACUGGAAACGUACACAAGAAGGAAACCAUACUGUGUUCACUGCAUCGCUUGUGGCAUCAGUUUCAUUGCCCACCCAUCGACUCUAUCCACCCACCGGUCAUUCAUGCUUAGUCUCUCGCACGUAUGCAUUGAAAACGAAACUGUUCUAUCAAGCACAUGGGAAGACUCGGGGAACUUCAUCAAUGUCGCUUUCUGUUCCACUUGAGAUUUGUGCCACAUGA